CCGCCUGAGGUAGUUUGCUGCGGCGGCGGCGGCGGCGGGCGGGCGGUUUGUGUGUGUGCGCGCGCGCGCGCGCAAGAGAAAGAGAGAGAGAGAGAAGCGAGCGGGGCUUCUCCGGGACGCGCUGCCUGCGCGAGCGAAGGGAAAAAGAAGCAGCCGUGAGAGGGGAAAGUUGCGGCUGCGCUUCCCUCCAGUCGAGCGGGGAGUGGCGGCCAGACGGCAACAUGGACGACCUCGAUGCAUUGUUAGCAGACCUGGAAUCCACUACCUCUCACAUCUCCAAAAGACCAGUCUUCCUGUCAGAGGAAACAUCUUACUCGUAUCCAACUGGAAAUCAUACGUACCAGGAAAUCACUAUACCUCCUCCGGUGCCACCCCCUCCUUCUAAUGAGGCCUUGAAUGGGACUGUAAGUGAACCUUUAGACCAGUGGCAGCUCAGCAUCCCCAGAAAUAUUCACCAGCAGCCGCAGUCCCAGUCUCCUGUGUGCAGCUCCAGCACUUCGGUGUCCAGAGAGUGUGCCAUCUCUCCUUCACGUGUAAGCGAAGAGGAGCACGUCUACAGUUUCCCCAACAAGCAGAAGUCUGCAGAACCAUCUCCCACCCUGAUGAGCUCUUCGCUAGGCAAUAACCUGUCAGAACUGGACCGACUGCUACUGGAACUGAAUGCCGUUCAGCACAACCCUCCCAGUGGCUAUGCACCAGAUGAAGCCACUAGGAGCCCUUCAUUGCCUGGUGGGACUGGAUCUCACUACGGUGUCCCAGAGAACACUACCUCUUUGAACACACAAUCAGCAACCCCACCGAAGGAGAAGCCGAAGCGGAAUGGAGGGCACGGCAUUGAGGACGUGUGCCCUAGUGUGGAGAGCCUUUUGGAUGAACUGGAAAGCUCUGUGCCCAGUCCAGUUCCAGCUAUCACUGUGAACCAGGGCGAGAUGAGCAGCCCCCAGCGGGUCACCUCCAGCCAGCAACAGACUCGCAUAUCUGCCUCAUCAGCCACAAGAGAACUGGAUGAGCUGAUGGCUUCACUUUCCGACUUCAAGACCUCGUCUACCAUAUCACUGAUCUCUGAACCCUCCCUGGAGCUACUUCCUGGCCCAGUUGUCUCAGAUGCAGCCCAUGUGCUUCCUAGUAUAUCUUUCCUGACUACCUCAAAGCAGCAAGACAUGGGCCACUCUGGGGGUGUUCUGCACCCUCUGGCACCUCUCCCAUUGGAGGUGCUCCAUAUUGAAGAGGAAAGCAACAGCCCAGUCACUAGUGUGAUUCAAGAGCAUUCUCUCAUCACCCCUUCCAGACUCUGGACUGAGCCCCUGCACCCAGAGGCCUCUGCUACUCUCACAAGCUCAGACGGACCAAGCAGAGAGUCCACUUCCAAUGUGAAACUUCUCUCAUUUUCCAAGGUGGAGUCAUUGCCUGUUCAUUCUGAUGUAGGAACCCUGAAUCAGAGGUUUGCAGAGCAAAAAGGACCUUGGAGGAAUGAGCAGAGAGAUGGAACCCAGGCUGCAACAAUGCUUGUUUCAAGCUCCUGCAUAAGUGGCAAGGUGAAAGUGCCAGUGCCACAAGAGUUGGAACCUGUGUUUGAUCCAACAGUUGAUGCUCACAAAGGGAUUGGCAUCAACAAAGGAGCUUUGGAUGAUCUGAACAACUCUAAAGCAUCUCACUUUGCACCAAGACUACAAUCCGAGGGAGACUGCAUCGUGCCAACAAUGCACAGACCUGGUCCUUUGAGUGUUGAUCAAUGGGAGAACUGUCCAGGUACCAGAAGCCACUUGGGCCAGAACAUACUGCAUGGUACUGAAGUCCAAGAUCCAGCCAGGGCAAGCAGCUGUCCUGAUGUUGCCGAGAAGAGGCAAGGUCCAGAGAGGGCGCCUAGGAAAAGCAGCCUUCAGAAUGCUCUGACGGGUGAAUGGAAAGAAGCACUCUCCGGCGUAGCAGCUGCUCCAGGAUCGACGGGAAAUGCCUGGAAAGAGGAAAUGGAUCUGAUUCCUUCUUGCAAGAUUCCUGUGGAGAGGAUUUCUACGUCAGGCCAGAUAAAAUCUGUAAUCAAGCAGACAAAAGAGACUUCCCACGUGCACCCGAUGUGCCGCGACCUCUCGCCACGGCGCAAGCUGGGCCCAGCCAUAUUUCACAAGACGGUCUCCCAAGACCGCUUGAUUGAGGAACUGCAAGACAGGUUGGGCAUCAGCAAACCUGAACAGGAGGAGUGCAGAAGUCCAGACAACUGGAUGACCGAGGGAGUCAUCAUUAUCUCCAGGCCACUGAAGAAAGAGCAAGAGGGUAGUCAGCAGGUAGAAAAGGUUAUAAUUCCUGCAGAGUCACCCCUCCCUCUAAGAAGGACGAUUGCUGUUCCACCCUCUCCCCCACCACAGUUUCCUAAAGAUGUUUCAAAGGCUGCCUCUGUCAAGGCUGCCUUCUCUUCUCCUCUCCCUCAUCCUCCGCCACCACCACCUCCCUUGCCACCACCACCAUCGGUGCACGUCCCCCAGCUGCGCUAUGUGCCACCAGCUCCACCUCCUCACCCUCUGCUCCAGUGGGAAAUGCUUCUGGAGGAAUGCCCCCCUUCCCAGGCACAGAUCCCAGCAGAGCCAGUUGAAGUGGCCUCUCCUCCCAAGAUGGUGGUGUCAGUUGGUUGCCAAACGGACGAGGAUUCAUUCUUCCCACCAGAUCAGGUCUCGUAUGCUCCACCUCCGGACUGGGGCUCCCAAGUUCUUGCUGUUCGUCCUCCCACUCCUGAGAAGUUCAUGUCCCAAGGGAAAGGUGGGAACAACUACCCAUCCACGACUUCUCCAAAGCCUGGCAGCCAGUUGGAUAGCAUGCUCGGAAGCCUCCAGUCAGACUUGCAUAAACUCGGGGUAGCAACAGUUGCCAAAGGUGUAUGUGGAGCCUGCAAGAAGCCAAUUGCUGGACAGGUUGUCACGGCGAUGGGAAAGACUUGGCACCCUGAGCACUUUGUCUGCACCCACUGCCAGGAGGAGAUAGGAUCACGUAACUUCUUUGAGCGUGACGGCCAGCCCUACUGUGAGAAGGACUACCACAACCUCUUCUCUCCGCGCUGCUACUACUGCAACGGUCCUAUCCUGGAUAAAGUGGUGACGGCGCUGGAUAGGACAUGGCACCCGGAGCAUUUCUUCUGUGCCCAGUGCGGAGCAUUCUUUGGCCCAGAAGGUUUUCACGAGAAGGACGGCAAGGCCUACUGUCGCAAGGAUUACUUUGACAUGUUUGCUCCUAAGUGUGGAGGCUGCGCCCGGGCUAUCUUGGAAAACUAUAUCUCUGCCUUGAAUACCCUUUGGCACCCUGAAUGUUUUGUCUGUCGGGAAUGUUUUACUCCAUUCAUUAAUGGCAGCUUCUUUGAACACGACGGGCAGCCCUACUGUGAGGUGCAUUACCACGAGCGCCGCGGCUCGCUGUGCUCCGGCUGCCAGAAGCCCAUCACAGGCCGCUGCAUCACUGCGAUGGCCAAGAAAUUUCACCCUGAGCACUUCGUCUGUGCCUUCUGUCUCAAGCAGCUCAACAAAGGAACCUUCAAGGAGCAGAACGACAAGCCCUACUGUCAGAACUGCUUCGUGAAACUCUUCUGCUAAGGCCAACAUUCAGCAUUGUUUUUGUUGCCUUUCCAGGAAACCUUGACUCUUUGGACAUUGCCACAAUUUGGCAACCUGUGGCCUUGGUGGGCUAAUCUAGGAGAAGAGGAGGAAAGUGUGUGUUUGUGUGUGUGUGUUUGUGUGUGUUUCAGUGUGUGUGUGUCAGUGUGGGAUGGGAUGGGAUGGGGCAGGAUGAGAUGCUUACCACUGCUCUGGAAAAGUGGUAAAUCCAGAGAAUGAAUCACAUUGGACCAUUCACUUAGAAGCUGUAUUUUAGCAAGGAGAUGCUGAGACUGCCAUUGAUGCACCAGAUGGACAGCUUAGUCAAGCCAAGACGGUUUGGGUGGGAGGCUCUGUUGGGUUGUGGUGGUUGGUUGGUCAGUUGAUUGGUUGCACUGGUAGCAAAGGUUCAGGCAGUCAAAUAAAAAUGGUUUGGGUUUCAGCUUGGGGGCAGUGGAAUUUAAUUCUCCUCCCCAAGAAUACUAAAAGGAAGGCUACGAACACCAGUAUGGAUUCCACUUUGAAAUGGGGAAUGGGAAGGGCUGUAGCUCAGUGGUAGAGCAUCUGCUUUGCAUGCAGAAGGCCCCAGGUUCAGUCCCUGGCAUCUCCAGGUAGAGCUGGGAGAGACUCCCUGUCCGAAACCAUGAGAGCUGCUGCCAGUCAGUGUGGACAGUACUGAGCUAGAUAGACCAAUGGUCUGACUCAGUCUAAGGCAGGUUCCCGUUUUCCUAAGUUGACUCUCCCAAGAACACUGUGAAGGGUCAAAAGUGAGCAAGAGAGCACAUGUUGCAGUCCCACAUGGCAAGGGCCACAUUGGCAGAUACUGAUCUGUGCAGGACUCUUGUGACUGGGUGAGCAACUUCCUUCCUGUCUGCAACCCCUUCCAGGGAGAUGAGGUUAAAAUGAUACUGGAAAAAUGCUCAACACCCCUUUUAAUCACCACCACAUGCAUGUACAGAGUGGGUCGCUGACUCUUUUUGUACUUCUACCCUAUUUCAAAUAGGACAGCUCCCCAUUUGGGGAUGUUAAUUUCACCACCAUUACUGCCAUCCACUCCUGAGAAAUCGUGAGAGUGAAGGUGUGCUCAGUGGGGUGGAAGUGGUAUUUGUUUUAUAUGACAAUCCAGAGAAGCGAGGCGUCCCAGCCUUUCCAGGUUUUAGGCGGGGGUGUAGCCUGUGUUGUGAUUUUCGCCCGAAAGGCAAGAGAAGCUUCAUUUAACAGCAUUGACUUCUUUCGCUUGUCUCUCUCUUGCAAUCACAAGCACAUCUCUCACUCGUGUGAAAUAUGCCCUAGAGAAACACAGUUCUGAGCAAUAAUUCAUUUUCUAUUGACAUAGUAAGUUUUUCAGUGUGUGGGUGGGUGUUCUUUCUCUCUUCUUGCCUCUUCUGGUUUUUAUGUCUGUGUGUGAGAGAGAGAGCGCGAAUGACUUUUGCUAUCAAACUGAAUACUGUGUGUUUGGGGGAAGAUGCUGAUUUCUACAUUGAGUCUUGAAUUCAUAACAAAAUGACUUUUAAAUCUCUUGUAUUGAAAAUUUUAGUUUUUUGAAAUGAUUUUCAACAGAUGACUUUCAUACCUGACAGUGUCUGGGCAGGGCCCUGGUUGUGCUGGUUCCUGCAUCCGCAAGCCUUUGGUGCUUUGUUAAACACAACUAUUAACAUGACAAGUAUUGUCUUUUUAAAACUGGGGUGGGAGAGGGGGAAUGUGCAACGAGCGUGUAUGUGUGGUUUUAUUUCAUUUUUGCUUAUUAAGUAGCUUUUCUAUUGAUCAGAGCUCAACUGGAACAGAUUUCUUUUUUAAAAAAUAACUUGUAAACUGCUGUAUUUGGAAUUGUUUGCCUUUCUCUCAAAAUCAGAGCUGCAGAUUUUUUUUGAAGUGAGUCUUAAGUUACUCCAGCAGAGAGAAAGAGCUCAGAUCUUAGACGUUUGGUGUCAAGCUUCAUAAUCUGUUUCAGAAGCUGACACUGGGCCUGUGGUCUUAGCCUUCCCAUUCAUAGAAUUAACAUAGCUGACCAGCCUUUUUUUUUUUUUGCCCAAGUGUGCCAUUACUCAACUUUGCAGUGUGAGACUGCUGUGCUAGUGUAUGCUACAGUGUGUAUGUGCACACACUGCUGUACCUAUGUGUCCUCUGGUGCCUUACCUCUUGUCUACUGAGCCAGGGAGCAGGCAGCAGUAUGGCAUGGGAGGUGUUGACAGAAACACACUUUUGUCUCUGCUGAUCUUCUGGGCCUUGUGUAACUCCAUGUGCGAUGCUUUGCAAGCCCUGACAAUCUGCUGAUGUCAGCAUUUUUCAAAGCACUGUGAACUGUCCUUUGCAUUGCAAUCCCCCUUUGGCCCCAGUGCGGCUUUACCUACCCUGUGGGUGUGGUUUGGUGGGAUGAAUGAGGGAGGCCUGGCAGGCUGAAGGCUCUGUAGCCAGGCCUGUGGAUACUCAUACUCCAGCCCAGGAGUGCUGUCAAUUCCUAUUGCCUCUCUUGCAUGUGGUCCCCUCCACUGCUGCAAGUUGGCCAUUUGUACAUUGGCGCCAGCAGGCUGUCCUGAAAGCUCAUGACUGGAUCGCUCAACUUCUAUGCACAUGUGCUGGCUUCGCCACCACAUAACCAUACCAAGCACCCAGGCAAGCCAAAGUAAUAUUGAGCUUUUCUCGAACUACUACCGGUAGGGACAGGCAGGGAAGAGCCAUGAUUUUGUAUAGCUGUUUCCAUAACUUUUCUGCAUCUGCUUGCCUCUGUAAACUGGGAAUUUCACAUGGGGGUGGAGAACAGGACCCCAGGCAGAGGACAGUGAAAGGUGGGGGUGGACUGAGCUGGGUGUGCUGUUCCACCAGCUCCACAUCCCAUAAGCUAGCCUGCUGCCCUCAGCUGCAGCAGAAGAUGCUCCCGCUCACCAGCAUUGAAGUCUGAUUCAGCUGCCACUUCUGGUCAGCUUUUUUUAUCUGGAAUGGGAAGCAGCACUGUUUCGUCCUUUGCAACCGGAGCUGGCCUUGGUUGGGGAAUGAUGAAAAACAAUAUUGGACAAAAAGUCUGUCAGCUGGUGAAGUGAUUCUGAGAGCAGCUGAGUGGGUCUUUCAUUUUUGUGGGAGAGUAAAGCCUGCAUUGAUUUGCUAGUACCAGGCUGCUCAGGUUAUGAAGGAUUGUGUGAAGUUGGGCCUUUUGGAAGUCUGGGGUGUUGUUGUUUUUUCUGGAUCUGGGCAUGAGGAGGUAUUGCAAUCUGAUGGAAUGGCCUGGUGCUGCCUCUGAUAGGUGUCAGAUGAAGAUACACCAUUGUUUUUCUGAAAAUACCCACUGUGCUACCAUAGCUUUGUGACAUUUUAGGCCUGGGGCGCGGUUUCUUUCUUUCUUUUGUUUAACUUUUAAAAAUGCAUCAGAAUGAAGUGGGUCUCAAUUAAAGCUUCAACAGAUCUUCUGAGAAGGAGGAGAAGGGGAGAUUCUCCUGUGGAAUGACAUUUCUCUCCCCUCUUCCUGUUUUCCCCUUUUGUAAACCUCUAACUCUGCUGGUUUUUUACCCCACUUUUAAAAUUCCUGUGAUGAUGCUAAUAAAUUUUAUGAUAAUUUUCA